UGGGGAGGGAUGGGAAGGGGAUGUGUGCAUUAUGUAUGUUUUUUUUGGUUUGUUUGUGUUUGCUGUGUGUCUGGCGUUGUUGUUGAAGUUUUUAUGAGACAGGGAGGAAAGCGUGGGAUGAUGAUGGGAUACCCCUUUUUUUUAUUCUUUUUAUUUUUUAUUUUUUUUACAUUUGAUAUUUGUAGGGCUGGCAGCACGAAGCGAGCGUUUGUUCAGCAUGGCAUUUGGGGUGGGAAAUUUGAGAGGGACAAAUGGGUGUAUUAAAUUACAGUGAGGGGGGGGGGGUUGAUGUAGUUUUGUGGCUUGUGGUAAUAUAGCUGAGAGUUGUUAUUGAAGUUGACUUGGUGAACCGACAGGCAUGGUGGAUGCUGCAGGUGGUUCGGGGCUACUAAGACCAUCCCUUUUGAGAAACAUUUUAGCGUGAAAGAAGGUGGUGGCUGUCGAGAGUCUCGCCAAUAUCCUCGGGCUUGUGAUGUUUCCGAGAUUCCCCUCCCAAUCCCCGGCCCGACACCAACGCUGAGCAACCUUCCCGAAGAUCCCCACUCCCUCCUUGCCAAGCCAUCGCACCAGCGCUAUUCCUAAUCAGAUCCGUCCGCGCAUUCGUUCAGCAACGAAGCCAGCAGCAGCUUUGUCUCAGCUGCUUCUGAAAACUAGUCUAUCGGAGAGACAGGAACGGGGUGAAUAAAGUCAUCAUCUUUUUUCUCUCCUCUGCGCAAGUUUCUAUCUUAUUAAUUAAUCUUCGAAAGUAAAUCGAAUCUACCCUCCGUAACAAGCGUUCAUUUAAUUUUAGUGGCAUCGGGCGGUCGUUGUUGCAACCUGGCCGCUUCUGCUUUGUUACUGCUGCUGCUGCUGCCCCUCAAUCCUAUCCUCGGACAGAUGAUUAUUACGGAUAUUCCGUCAUACUUUCUGCGAGCUUCACAACUUUUCCUUUUGCACAACGGGUACUUUUUGAGUUUUGCGCCGCCGCCGCCGGAGACAGGUGUUGCAUUUUGUUGGAGCUUGCGACAAGUGUUGGUGACUGAAACUUGCUUACUUACCGACGAGAUCCUAUUUAACCUACCUAUCACCUAUUGAUCAAACGGCGAUAUCAUUACCCUCCCAACAACACACGCGACACCACCUACUACCUAUCAACACCUCCUCUCACCAUCCUCAACCAUGCCGACCCCAGCAACCCCCAAAAUAAACUCCAAAUCCCCCACCAUCCGCCGCAUUUUAAAAGAAGCCCAAGAACUAACCAACCACCCCUCCCCCUUCUUCCUCGCCUCCCCCCUCGAAACCGACCUCUUCGAAUGGCACUUCACCCUGUUAGGCCCCCCCUCCUCCCCCUACGAGAACGGGCUCUACCACGGCCGUAUCAACCUCCCGCCUUCCUACCCCCUCCGCCCGCCUAGCUUCCGAUUCCUGACCCCCUCCGGCAGAUUCGAAGUAAACAGGGAAAUCUGCCUCAGCAUCAGCGGCCAUCACGAAGAGACGUGGCAGCCUGCUUGGGGGAUUAGGACAGCCUUGGUUGCGUUACGGUCGUUUAUGGAAACGGAUGUCAAGGGGCAAUUAGGGGGGUUGGAAGCGGGAAGCGAAGUGAGGAGACGGUUGGCGGGGGAGUCAAGGGGGUGGAUUUGUGGGGUGGGUUGUAGUAUUGGACAGGGGGGGAGGAGGAAUGAGGAGGUGAUGGGGGAGCAUGUGAAGAUGUGUCGGGAGAUGGGGGUCGUGGAGCAAGGAGAAAAGGUGCCCGAGGAGUUGAAGAUGGGGUGGAGGGAUGAGAUGGGGGAAAAGGGGAAGGAAAAGGAGACGGAGAGUGAUGGGGAAGAAACGGCGAGGUUGGCGGAGGGGUUUGUUCAGACUGUUGCUGCACCUGCACCCCUUGGGACGGUUGAUAACGAGAGACCUGCUGAACGGGUGCCGACGCCGCAUCCGGGGGUUGAUGUGCGGGGGGUGCAGCAGCGGUUGUUGGCUGAGGCGAGGAGAGGGGAUACAAGUCAGGACGAGGGGGUGCCGGUUUGGUUGGAUAGGUUGAUUAUUGCUGUGGCUGUGUUGUUGAUUGCGGCCGUGGCGAGGGUAAUGCUUGGUUGAGGAUGGGGAGGGGGAACUGCAUUUUUGGGAACUGGCGUUGAAUUAACUGCUUUGAUGGGGUAGGGGUGGGGGGUGGGAUAAUAAAGGGAACGGAGUUGUUGGAAUUGAUACAGAUAUUUUGUAAUUACAAUAGCAUCGCGGUGAGAUCUGGCCGGUGGAAUAUGGAACAGACAGGACAUGGAACUGGGAAUUUGGUUGCUGAUAUGUCCA